UAAAAUAAGCAGCCCCGCUGAAAUUCAAGCACUCCGCUGGUUGUAUUGUUAUUCUUUUUUUUUUUCUUUUCAUUUCUUCUUCACCGUUCUUCCUCCUCCUUGUACCGUCAUUCUUCAGGUUUUUCUGUCCAGGUUUAUUAUUAUUAUUUUUUAUAAAAAGAUUCAUUGUUGUUCUCGUGAAUUGCAUCUGUGGCAGCCGCGCCAGUGAUGCGCGCCGCGUCUGGCGUCGCUCUGCACCUCCGGUUCGUUUUUGUUCGGUAUUCUUCCUGAACCAAACCAGUUACCAUAGUAAAAUCUAGUUCUGUAUCACGAUACUUUACCCUUGUAAUUGCAUUUAAUUGAUGAUUUUUGGUUUCAAAUUUCACAUUUUAAAAUUAUUAUUAUUUCCACUUUUUGCGAUACCUGAAUUAUACUGUACACCGUGCUAUCAAUGAAUCCAAUUCCUUUUCAUUCUGCACCACCGCCACCGCCACCGCCACCGCCGCCACUUCUCGAACCUAUGCAGUUUCCAGUAUUACCACCCGAACCGCCAAAUUCAAGUUCCUUUUGGGAAAGCAGAAAUGUCUGUGGUCGAUUCCGGGAAUUGCAGGAUACUCUAAAUCUUGUAAAGGGAAUGCGAAAGGAACUAGAGAUGUUGAAGAUGAUAAGAGACCGUGAAGGGUCUUUAGAAGAUUUAACUCAUGGCUCGAACGAAAGUUAUGUUUUAAGUUUUAUGAAGUGUCUAGAGGACAGAGGGGUUAGUGUAGAAACCCAAGAAGCAUUAGCUAUUGAAACGGCGAAUGCUUUAAUGUUAAAACUAAGAGCACAGCUGGAGCCGUUCAGAUAUGUUGCGGAUGAAGCAAGUCCAUGGGAAGAGAAAUCAGCCGUGGCUAGGUUUACAAAUAAAGUGCAUAAGUCUAAACGGAAUCAACUUUGGAGGAAGAAAAAAAGGAAGCGUAUUGCGGAAAUGAUGGCAAAGGAUCACGAGCGAUUCGCCCAAAUUGACCGGGAAGCUGAUGAAUGGAGGGCUAGGGAGAUUGCCAAGGAAUUUGCCGAUAACAAGGUAAAAAAGAUGAAAGAAAUUGCAAAGCUUAAAGUCAAAGAAGAGAAGAAGAAAUUAGAGUCUGAGCUGGAGCUGCUUUUGGUGGUGGAGAAACUUCAAGAAUUACGCUCCAUAAGAAUACAAAAGUUAAAAAAACAAGGCCAUUUUCUCCCCGAGGAGGAUGACAGGUUUCUUGAGCGAGUUCAGGCUGCAGUGGAAGAAGAGGAGCGUGAAGCUUUGGCAGCAGCUGAAACAGAUGCUGCUAAAGAUGCAAUUGCAAUUGCCGAGGAAUCCAGAAAAGCUAUGCAGAACCAAGAGAAUCUUUCAGAAGGAAGCAAUGAUGAAAGUCAAAUUAAGGAGAAAAAAGAGCAAAUAGUCCAUAGUGUAACUGAAGAGGGAUUUGAUGCGACUGAUGAGAAGAAGUCUAGUAAAAUAGCAUCUGAAGAACAGAACUAUAGAAGGGCUUAUGAUGCUUUGGCCAAUUUGCCAAUGGAGUUCUAUCAUUAUUAUCAUGGAAGCAACAAUGACAUGGGCACAUUGAUCGAGGUUAGAAGAGGAUGGGAUGCCUAUAUCCGACCGGGAGGAAGUCGCAUACCUGGACACUGGGUUCAGCCUCCUCCUCCAGCCAAUGAGAUAUGGGCAUCUUACUUGGUGAGAUUUAAAUGAUUCGUUUGUAAAAUCAUCACCAACAUUGCACAAAUACUUCAUCUGAUACGUUUUGAAGGUUUGAAGUGUGUUUCUGGUUAGCCCCAAGUAGAAGCUUUUGGCUGCAUGUUUAUAUUUAUAAUGUAGAAUUUUCAUCCUCUAUCGAUGAGGAUGAUCUUCAUUUUUGUUAUAUUUUUUGGGGGGUGAUCACCAUUGUUUAAUGUACCGGGAAAUGAAGGAAAAUACUCAUUGGUUAAUGUUUCAAAACUAUAAAACUAUUGAUUUUAGAUUAAAUGAAAGCUGUACAAGUCUUAA